AUGGUGGCUCAAGCCCGAACGCCGUUCAGGGUGGUGGUUGUUGGUGCCGGCAUUGGGGGUGUAGCUGCAGCCUUGACCCUCGGUCUAAGAGGGCAUCAUGUCAUCCUUCUAGAAGCAGCCCCUCAGCUUGCAGAAGUCGGAGCCGGCAUUCAGAUAUCUCCGAAUAUGCUAAGAAUUCUAGACCGAUGGGGUGUAUCACCGUCCAUUCAUUCCAAGGAUGUUGCUUUGGAGCACAUUCAUGUCCGACGAUGGCAGGAUGGAACCCUUCUUGGAACUAUGCCCGUGAACAAGACUUACGGCCAGCAAGUCGUCAUUCACCGAGCAGACCUCCACAGUGCUCUCGUCGAACACGCCUUGAAGCUUCCUAAUGUCGAAUUGCGACUCAACUCGACCGUGACAAGCGCGACUCAUAGUCCAGCCUCCGUCACUCUUGCAGAUGGCACCGUUAUUGACGCCGAUAUCGUCAUUGCCGCAGAUGGCAUCAAAUCAACCAUCCGGAAUCACAUCCUCGGUGGCUCACCCUCCAAACCCAUUCCUACCGGCGACGCAGCCUACCGUAUCAUGCUGCCCCGGAGCGCUAUGGAGAACGAUCCCGACCUCAAAGAUCUUAUCAAUGAACCCCAGGCGACUCGCUGGCUCGGUCCCUCGCGGCACGUCAUCGCCUACCCAGUGCGCAAGCACGAACUCUUUAACGUCGUUCUGCUGCACCCCGAUCGACAUGGCGUCGAAGAGUCAUGGACCAUGCGUGGCUCGAAAGAGGAAAUGAAAAACGACUACCUCGGCUGGGACCGUCGAGUCACUAAACUGAUAGACCUGGCUCCCGACGAUGAGGUCCUUGAAUGGAAGCUCUGUCUCCAUUCUCCACUGAAGACCUGGACCCGAGGCUCUGUGGCUCUCAUCGGCGAUGCCUGCCACCCCAUGCUACCAUACGUCGCCCAAGGCGCUGCCCAAGCCGUCGAAGACGCCGCCGCACUCGGCGUUCUGCUCUCCAACAUCACCUCACACCGAGAGAUCCCACAAGUCCUCGAAGCAUACCAGCUAUCCCGCAAACAUCGCGCAGAGACGGUCCAACAAUCUGGCUCUGAGAACCGAAUCACGCUACACCUUCCCGACGGGCCGGAACAAGAGGCCCGCGACGAGCAGUUCCUGGCAUCAAUGAAGGGCGGCUCGAACCCAGAUCGAUGGUCAGAUCGCGAAACGCAACGGUUUCUGUGGGGCUGGGAUGCUGAGAAAGCUGCCAUGGAGGCUUGGAAGGAAUUGCAAAGUGGUCAUGUGGCCGAAGCGCGGCAUCAUUUGUAG